AUGUGCGGUCAGUAUAGUCCCUUCCCUCUGGUACCUCCAAAGCUCAUACUCUUACAGGCGGCGUGCGUUUCUACGGCGCUGAGGGCUAGCAGUUGCGACACGGGAGACACAGCCUGUCUCUGCACGACUGCAACCGCCCUCGAGUCCGCAUUAGGAUGCUACAGUCUGCAGUGUACUGUCAAAGAGGCACUCUGUAAGAUGACCUGCCCGGAUUAUCCCCGCUUCCCUCUGCUGACCAGCGCAGCCUCGACGAACAUGACCCGGUCGACGUGCGGACUGCCUGAAGAGAGCGAGGCGAACCUGACGCCAGCCCUUGCUGGAUCUCUAGGCAUGCUGGCACUAAUCAUGGUAGGACUACGCAUCGGGUGGCGGACGGGAACGAAGAAGACAGUUGGAUGGGACGAUGGGUUUAUCCUUCUGGCCAUGCCUGACGGUGCAGUGAAAUACCACGGCCUCGGAACAAACCUGUGGACGAUCCCGUUCGACAGCAUAACCGCUCAGCUUAAGAAUCAGUACCUUCUCAUUGCAGAGGUCUUCUACAUGCCCGCCGAAGCCUUCACGCAGCUCUCCUUCCUGGCCUUUUACCAGCGCAUCUUCCCGCCAAAAUAUAAAUAUCCAAUAUACACCUUGUCUGCAAUCUCAGUAUGCUUUGGCAUAUCAAACACGCUCAUCAUGAUUUUUCAGUGUACGCCCGUCUCGUUCUUCUGGAACUCAUGGACGGGUGAAGUAUCGGGCACCUGCAUCAAUAUCAACACAUAUUCGUGGUACCGCGCGGCCAUGCAGAUCUGCAUGGAUGUGAGCAUCAUCAGUCUUCCGAUCUGGCCGCUCUCGAGGCUUGCCCUUAGUACAAGGAAGAAGGCAAUGGUCCUGGUGAUGUUCUGUACUGGGUUUCUAUCUAAUAACAAGACCAGGAUCACGAUCGUCAGCUGUCUCCGUCUCCAGUCUCUGAUCAAAUUCUCAAAGUCGCCAAAUACCAGCAUGGACAACAAUCCGGCCAUCUACUGGAGCAUGGUUGAAUGUGACGUCGCAAUCAUCUGCGCCUGCAUGCCAUCUCUCCCCCCACUGCUGAAGCCGAUCUUUCCCCGAUGCUUCGCGACAACCCAGCAAAGUGAUCCAGAGGAAGAGCGAACUCCGCAGCCGGUGCGUCUGAAUCAGAUCAUGAAGAAGGACGAGUUUAGUGUGCUUUCAAGCAGUGCGUCGGGGGAUAGGCUGGUGGCAUGA